AUGUCCAUUCAAAUGGUUAUGUCAUAUAAUGUUAAAAUUUUUCCAGAAUCCACCACUACCGAAGUUGGAACUGAUUCAGUCGAAUUCACAUGCAGAAUACAGUUGACAGAACUAGAAGCAAUGAGUCCACAUUGGAUAAUAUGGUGGAAGGACAACACCAAAAUUGCAGACAAUGAUACUGUAUUGAUAAAUUCUUCCAAGUACAGUGUUCGUGGAUUAUCAUCUGCUUCAAACGUUGACUACAUACAGAUUUUACAAGUUAAUGGAAUUGAAGAAACUGAUCAUGGCAUACACACAUGUACUUUGGUUUUCACAAACAUCAGUAUUUCAUCAGGUUCUACACUUACAAUAAGGAACUUUAUUUCUCAACCUGUCUGUUCCAGUACUCUAACUGAAUCUGAAACUGGACAGCAACAGCUGACAUUAAUCUGUACAAGUUUACCAGGUGAUCCUCCAAUAGUACUUCACUGGAUUGAUAAUGAAGUUAAUAAAACUUCAAUAACACAACAGAAUCAAAAUGAACCAGUGACAUUAUCAUAUACAGUUUCCAUAGAAUCUUUAUCAAGCAAUCUGAGGUUUACAUGUAGAGCUAAAAAUACAGUAUCAACAGACACAAAGGAAUGUGUUAUUGUCAAUCUCCCUUCAAUGACAAUGACACCAACCACUAGUACUACAGUUUCUCAAAAGUUAUCAGUAUCACAGACAGUUGAUGAGAGAGCACCAACCAUUAGCAUUACAGUUUCCCCAAAGCUAUCAGUGUCAGAGACUAUUGAUGGGACAUCAACUGCAAUUCUAACUAAAACCACCAACAAAGCCAUAUCUCAUUCACCAAUUACACUGAAUGUUACCAGUACAUCACAUGCCACUAAACCAACAUCUAAAGAACAAAAUGAUAUAACAACAUCCAUUAAUGUAGAAGCAGAGACAUCAUUACCACAUACGUAUAGUACAUCUGAAAAGUUAAGUCCUUCUAGUAAUAACAACACUGUAAUAAUCACAAUAUUUGCAAUCCUAGCUGGAGUAAUCCUUAUGACAGUCUUCAUAGCAAUGUUACUGCUUUUAAGAACACAUAUUGAAAAAAAGAAAAAUGAAGAGACUCAUUUCAAGAUGUGCGCAAGAGAGAAUUCAGUACACUCCAGUAGUGAGAUUGAACAUCCAGAAGGAGAGACUGACAUGCAUAUAAAUGAAAACCAAGACCAUCGGCUUAUUACCAUUGAGUUUGGAGACGAUCAAUUAGGUUGUGCAAUGUAUAAAAAUUCAAUAUAUGAAACAAAUAUGGAUGAUCCUGAUCCGUUUUAUGCAGCAGUUGGCAAGGGAAAUGUUGAAGAAACUCAAGAAAAUGCUGUCACUGAUGAUCCUAAUAAAACCAAAGGUAUUUAUCCUUUAGAGGAUAAUCCAGAAUACAUGUCUAUUGAAGACACAGCAUUAAAAAAAGAAACAGCAUUGAAAAAAGCAACUGCACCACCAAUUAAAGCAGAAAAACCCACAAAAUUUAAGGUUAAAAAUUAUCCAGCACCUAAUGGAGACAUGUACGCACAAGUCGACAGGUCAUCAAUUUCAUCAUCUGAUAGACUGAGCACCAUUAUGAAUGAGGAAGACAGAGUGAAAAAUUAUCCGGCACCUAACGGAGAUAUGUACCCCCAAGUCGACAGGUCAAUAUCUGAUCGACUUAGCACACUUUUAAUUAACGAAGAGCAAGAGAGUGUAAGACGAAAGAAAUCAGAAGGAAAAAAUGAUAAACUAAGAGAUGAGAAAAAGGAAAAUAUUGGCGUUUCGAAGAAAUCCUCCAGAUUCAUUGACAAUGAUGACACUUAUACUACAAUAUCGGAGAUAGCUCAGAACGGUGAUGGCGAGGAGGAAACAGAUGAGUUCACGGCGGCCGAAAAUGAAGAAGAUAAUAAACAUGAAGAAGAUAAUGUAUCCAGAACGUCAGUUGGUUCUUCCGGAUCCAUUCACUAUGAAGUGGACAGUAAUGCUCUUUACACAAGAGUUUUGAAAUCCCAGAAAUCAACAACAGACUAGAGAAAUUAUACAGAAUAUUUGUUACAAUUUAUUUUAACCUAGGAAUAGCAUUUCCUUCCGAGGAAGCUUAUCCCUAAUCAAUACUCAUAAUACAGUUACUGAUUUUGUUCUGCUAGUCAUCAUAAUGAAGACACUUGGUUGUCAUUGACCAUGAGAAUGGUUGACAUAAAUAUAUACAGCCAUUGUGAGAGAUUUAAAAUUUAUUUCUUUUUUAUAAAUGAAUGAAUACCUAUCAUCCAAGGUCAAACCCUUAACAGAACCCUAGUAGGACCCAUAUUAAGGACCCACGUUACCAAAAAAGUGUCCCAUUAAAGGAAGUGGUGUCCCCACAAUAGAGGUUGGCCAUUGUGUUAGAGAUAUACUUCCCUUCGUUUAAUGGCCUGAAAAUUAGCAUCCUCUUAAUAAGGGUGUCCCAAAGGAAGGGUUUUACUGUAUUUUAAAUACUAUUUUUUUUUUUAAUGAAUAUAAUAUAUUUAAGAAUAUAGACUCUUUAUUGACUGAUUUACUUGUUUUUUGUUUUUUUUUCUACAUUAAACACAUUUAACUUGUAUUACCACCUGUGAUUAUUACUUUACAUGGUACUUUAAUAUUAUUUAAUAUAUUAUUAAGAUAUUGCAUUGUACAUAGUUAAUAUAUUGUCCAGGAUUAAGAUUAAUUUUUAUAUAUAAAUUACUAUGAAAUAACCCAGUUUAUAAUGGUAACUUUUAAUUGAAUUUAGUCAUUGUCAAACUAUUGAGGGUAAUGCUGAAAUAAUAGUAAUAAUAAUAAUAAUAAAAAUAACAAUAACAAUAAUAAUAAUAAAUGCAAUCUUAUAUAGCGUAUCUAUGCGCUGCAUCAAUUAUAACCCCAGUCAUCGGAAUUAAUGCAUGUGGAACAAACUAUAUCAUCACUGCAUGCACCAACCAGCUAACCAUGUCAAUAGACAUCACAUCUAUGUUCAGCUUUCAUUAUUUAAUUUAUAAUAUACUCAAUAAAAACUGAGUUUUUGAUCUUGCCACUUUUUGCUUAACAUUCAAACCUUUGAUCUUGACUCUGCAUUUUAUCGUUAUAUAAUAUACUCAUUACUGUAAAUAUAUACUGUAUCUAUGCAGGUUGUUUUGUAGUUUGUUUUCAUAUAAAUUGAAAGCAGAGUAAGCUUUACAAAUGAAGUGUACAUUCCAUUAUGUACGGUAACUAAUAUUUUAUGUUUUCUGUUUAAAUAAUGCUAUUCUUAAAUUUCUCAAAUAUUUACUGUUCAUAUAUAUUUUGCUUCUAACUAUAAUUAUGAUAUACUGUAAAGUAAUAAAAGAUAAAAAUGAAUUAACAUUGUUAAUGAUAUUUCAACUUCAGCUUAUAACUAUAAGAUAGUUGUAAGUAAUAAAAUAACUUAUAUUGUAAUUUAUAUUACCUUUUGAAUGAUUAAUAAUAAUUACUGUAUAUAAAAAAAAAAAACAAUUACUAAUCCGGACUGGCACAAGUGCUGAUUGUGCUGUGAGACAUAUUUUCAUUAAAAUAGUAGUUCACUAUUCACUCAGAGAAAACCAAUGCUUUGGGCUUUGCAUUGAGGAUUAUAUUUAGAAUAAGUUGAAAUAAAGAUGCAAGUUAA